AAAACUAUAGAUGCACAGAAACAAACAUAAAUCGUAAAUUUUUAAAUCAAUGACAGAUCUGAUACUAGAUUUUUUAGUAGAAUUUCUGUCUUAUUUUUGUUAAUAUUUAGAGUCUGAAGGCAAUUGGGUAUCAAACGGUGAUGCAGAGACUGGUCCUUGUCAAACAGGUUAUGGUGUGACGCAUCCAACAGAUUGGUCUUAUAGUGAAGCGAUUACACAAAUGUAUUAUGGGAAUAUCGCAGGAGAUGAAAUGCUUACAGAUCCAGGACCCAGUAAUCGUGGAAAUUGUCAUUUCUAUGGUGCAUGGUCGGCUAUAACUACAAUGUGGCAAACAGGUAAUAUAACAAUCUCAAUCAAUCCUCUUCUUAUUGACAAUCAAAAAGUUUGGUUUAAUUUCUCUGCAUGGAUUGGUGGUUAUUCAGACCAGGAUGAUAAUGCUCAAGUAUCGUUGACAUUCUUAAAUCAAAGCAAUCAGAAUGUGGGCAAUAGUACCAUUCUUGGGCCGGUAUUAGCUAUAGAUCGUGGUAAUAUAACAUCAUUACUCUUCCGACAGGCUAUUGGGCCUGUGCCAAUUAGUAAUCGAGCGUUCACAGUAGAAGUAACUAUGACACGUUCAGACGGUAGUUCCAAUGAUGGUGAUAUCGAUAACAUUGCACUUUACUUAUAUCAAUGA